AGGCACUAUGCGAAGCUUUUUGUGCGGGCCAGUGAGGCGUCGUAGGAAGGACUCUGGGUCGACGCUUCAGAGCGUGAAAGAGGACAGUUGUGAUGAGGAGGGCGCAGCGCCGGCAACAUGACGCCGCUCCGGAACAUGUGCAGGAGACGUUUAGGGGUCCCUCUCCUGUGUAUCGGUACCUUGUCGUCGGCCAGAAGGUCGACAACAAGCGGGUCAUGAUGCUACGUUGCACAUUCUGCAACAAAGUGUUCCAGGGGCCAGGCCAUGAGACAUUUCAGCAAACGAACUACUGCAAGGACGUCAACGACGAGGCACUCCACAUCGAGAUUGCCAGCAUGCAAGCGGUGGAGACCCACCCUGCGGAGUUGGAGGAGGUGAGGCAACCAUUCUGGGUGACUGGUGCCACCAUCCUCUCUGGCGGGGGAAAAUCACGAGACGGGAGACCGAUCGUGAAUUUCCUUGUCGCAGGCUCGCGAGGGGUCGUCAUGUACAUGACGAUCAAUCGAGAGGGGGAGCCGGACGAUGCAGUGCACGUCCUUCAGAGAUGGGUCACCAUCUUCCACGAUUUCAGGUUCGGUGGGCCUCAGCGGGUCAAUGCGAUUUGCACUGACUCCACUUCAGCGGACGAUGACUCUGAUGACGAGCGGAUACCCGAGGCAGCGGAUGACUCUGCGUUCCCCAUUCCUCGUGAGAUCGACAAGACGCACGAGGAUACCAAGGACGUAGAAACGAGGACAUACACCGCACGACGAGCGGGGAACUUUGAUGAGAUGGAGAUGACGGGGGGAGACGAGGAUCGUUGGGGCCCUUUCGGGGAGGUGGCUUCCACAGAUGAUGUGCGCGAUGAGAGAGUGGGGAACACAUGCACAAGUAGAGUAGAAGGCUCCUAGAGUGAACCAAUGCACCACCAGGUUAAAGAAUAAGUAACAAAAGUAAAAAACUAGA